AUGAAUAUGGCUGAUGAUAAUACAACACAAGAUGAUUACAAAGCUCAAGCCACAAUAAAAAAAUCCAUAUCAAGCGAAAAGCUGGAUCAUAAAAUUGAUGUUGUUAAAAACGUAGAAAAGGAUGUUGAAGCGGUUGGAUGUGCCGAAAAAGUAUUUCCAAGCACUUCUAAUGCUGACGAUAAAGCUUCCAUAAGCUCCCUUAACUGUUUUUGUUCUGAUUCUGAAGACGACGACGACGACGACGAAAGUUAUGAUGAUGAUUAUGUGGAGACAACUGUUAAUGUUGAUUUAAGCAAUUCGUUGUUGGGUCAACUUGAUGAAUUAUAUGGCAGAAAAAGCAUGGAGUAUCCACCAAAUAUAUCACAUAUGAUUAACCUACCAGUAUAUCUCUUGAAUAAAAUCAAUACUCUGUGGAUAGAAUCCGUGAUGGAUCAGUUCGAUCGAUUAUCAAGUCAGACCGAGUUUAAGCCAGAACAAGAUGAAGAGUGUAUGGUAAAACAAGAUGAAGACCUUAUGGUAAAACAAGAUGAAGAAGUCACUACACAAUUACCCACCAAAGAAUCUGAAUUAGCCCAAGCCGAUAAAGAGGCCGACGUGCCGGCUUUGAUAGAGAUAAUGGAUAAGGAAUUAGCACUUUCUUUGUACCAGGAAGAUGUAGCGGAAUGGGGCAAUAAGGAUCCUAAUGAUCUAGCUGUCAAACUUAAGCGAGAAAAGCUAUUCAACGCGUUUCCAGAUAUUUCUUCUGAUGUUUUAUCUGAGCUUCUGAUAGCACAUGACAAUAACUAUAAUGAAACUGUAGAGGGCCUAUUAGAGUCGACAGGAAAGUCCAAG